ACUUAAGAUAAUAGGGAGGAUUUUGGAAAAUGGAGUAGACCCUGAUCAGCCUGGAUUUGUUCAGAAAUCAAACCCGAUAUAUCCAAAGUUCUCAUCUUUUUUCAAAAGAGUAAGCAUUUCAUUGGAUCAGAGAUUAUAUCCAGAUAACCAUAUUAUUAUGUGGGAGCAAGCUCGAUCACCUGCACCACACGAGGGUUUCGAAGUGAAGAGAAAAGGGGAUCAAGAAUUUACAGUAAAUAUACGGUUGGAAAUGAAUUACGUUCCUGAGAAAUUUAAGCUUUCCCCUGCAUUGAUGGAAGUGCUUGGUAUUGAGGUUGAUACCCGCCCAAGAAUUAUUGCUGCAAUCUGGCAUUACGUGAAGGCAAGAAAAUUGCAGAACCCAAAUGACCCUUCUUUCUUUAGCUGCGAUGUAGCUCUCCAAAAAGUGUUUGGGGAAGAAAAGAUGAAAUUUACAAUGGUCUCACAGAAAAUAUCUCAGCAUUUGACUCCUCCACCACCUAUACAUUUGGAGCAUAAAAUCAAGCUAUCGGGGAGUAGUCCAGCUGGAACUGCAUGCUACGAUGUGUUGGUUGAUGUGCCCUUCCCAAUACAGAGAGAACUGUCUAUUCUAUUAGCCAAUGCUGAGAAGAACAAAGAGAUUGAGGCCUGUGAGGAAGCAAUAUGUGCAACCAUAAGAAAAAUACACGAACAUAGGAGGAGACGAGCAUUUUUUCUAGGAUUCAGUCAAUCACCUGUGGAAUUUAUUAAUGCCUUGAUGGAAUCUCAAAGCAGGGAUUUGAAGCUUGUAGCUGGAGAAGGUAGUCGAAAUGCUGAGAAAGAACGUCGGUCAGAUUUCUUCAAUCAACCAUGGGUUGAAGAUGCUGUUAUCCGAUACUUGAAUCGAAAGCCAGCACCCGGAAAUGAUGUUCCAGGGAGCACAUGAAGUGGAGCUGGAAGUCGAGGAGAUAGGCCACGGUGUUUCUUCUUGUUGGUUCUGGUAGCUUCAAUAUUUGGAGAUCAUUUUUGCUUCCUUUGGUGUAAGUAUAGAAUAGUUGAUUAUGAUAUCUAGUACUGAAUAGCCGUGGGGAAGGAGUUGUUGGUUGUAAAACAAGGGAAGUACAAUCAGUAACAUGUUUUUAGGCUUAAAUUCUAUCUGAACUUGGCUUUUGCUCAUUGCUCUUGGUGCCAAAAAGUUUCAGUGUUGUACAA